UCCCUCCCAGUCCGGGGGGUUAUAAUAGACGGCGACCUUCGGUAAGUCCGGCAGGCAGCCUGACAGCGGAAAGAGCACUGCCCACCUCCGCCACGCUGCUCGAGCCCGCGCACCUUCCCUUCGGGCCGCGCCACGGUUCCAACACGAGGGCUGUGGCAGAGGGAAGGAAAAGAACCCAACCCGACCACCUCUAAGUAUCGCGAGAUUUGAUAGGCUACUUCUGCUUUUGCGCUCUGGAAGCGGAAGUGGGGUAGUGAGAGUUUCCUGCGCGUUUGGUUACCUUGGAGAGCUGCGUGGGUUGCUGCUGUACGAAGGUCCGAGGUCCCUGCAGGGCGUCCUGAGGAAGGAUCUUAAAAAUUGUACAGAAAUUUCAAGAUGAGUGAUACUUCUGAAGUGACUCCAGAUUUUGAAGAGAUGUUUGCAAGCAGAUUCACACAAGAUGACAAGGAGUACCAGGAGUACUUGAAACGUCCUCCUGAAUCCCCUCCAAUUGUUGAGGAAUGGAAUAGCAGAGCUGGUGGUAACCAAAGAAAUAGAGGCAACUGGCUGCAAGAUAACAGACAGUUUAGAGGUAGGGAUAACAGACGAGGAUGGCCAAGUGACAAUCGAGCAAAUCAGUGGCAUGGACGGUCAUGGGGUAACAAUUAUCCACAGCAGAGACAAGAGCCUUACUAUCAACAACAGUACGGACAAUAUGGUCACAAUCCGCGGCCUCCCUAUGGUUACUACUAACAGAAAUGUUGUGGCUUUUAACAAAAGACCAUUCAUUUUGAUAACAUGCUAAACCUUCCUUUGUCUUCUUGUAGUCAUAGUUUUUCAUUCUAUUUUACAGAAUGGGUUGUUAAUUGUUUAGAAUUUGAGACUUGGAAAAACAAACUGAUCUUGUUAGAGAUGUGAUGAUUGAUGGCAAUAAAGUGUGGAUUAUAUUGUCUAGCUUUAUCUUAAAAAUACCGUUUGUUUUAUGAUUUAAUAGUGUUUUGCGUUUGAUGUGUUAUCCCUUUUGGCCUCCAGGAGUUCUAUAUUUAAGACAAAUAAAAUGUUUAAAUAGGAAGCGUAUAUAGAAGAGUAACAUGCUCAGAUGUCCUCACCUUGGACGUUUCAAAGAGUAAGGACAGUCAGUUUGUAAAAACACCUAUGAGUAUUUAUAGUGUAUUGUACACAGUAGCAGCAGUUGAAAGGUAAACAAUUAUUCCUUUUGACUUUGUUAUGUGAUUAUUGUAUUUUGUGGUUUAUAAGUGUGAGUCAGCUCCAGAACCAAUUUGGUCUCUUUAUGUGGAAGGACUCAUUCAGUGCAGCCUCCUGAAGCCGUGAGAUUGAAGAACUCAACAUUUUGUAUACACCAAGAUUUUUGCAAACUUACAACAGGGAAGAAACGGAUGUGCACUAUAAACACAAUACUCAUGUAAA